UAUAGCUACGUAGUAGUUUGCAUUGCUAAAUAAUUUACACUUUCUAGCCUGAACUUAGGUAACUUACACCCCUAAAAACUAGAAGUCGUAUUUUUCCAGUGCUGCUGCCAAACUCACCUUUGGCACCGUACGUCACGAGCCCACUUCCUCUCACGAUGCCCCCUGCCCGUACCUGCCUGAACGGGGCGUGUCCUCUACUCGCAGAGGACACCUCUUCCUUGGUCCAGUCCACUGCACGAGAAAGUUGUUGGAAUAGAUUUCCUGAAAAAAAUAGAACAAAUACUGAAUUAAGGGCCAUGAUCAAAGCGGCAGGGAUUGGAGAAACAUCAUGGGAGCUGUCCAUUCAGGUGGAUCAAAGAGAAGGAGCAGAGUCCAUGAAAGUUAAGCUGAGGGUGAAGGGAGACUUGCACAUUGGAGGCCUAAUGCUUAAGUUGGUGGAAAAAAUCAAUGCUCCUCAGGACUGGUCUGACUAUGCCCUGUGGUGGGAACAAAGGACAUGCUGGCUGCUGAAGACCCACUGGACCUUGGACAAAUAUGGAAUUCAGGCUGAUGCUGAACUGCGCUACACACCCCAGCACAAACCUCUGUUGCUUCAGCUUCCCAAUAUGAAAACCAUCAAAAUACCUGUCAGCUUCUCCAGCGUGGUCUUCAAGACAGUGGCAGAGAUCUGUCAAAUGCUCAGCAUCAGGAGAUCAGAGGAACUGUCCCUGCUGAAGCCUCCAGAUGAUCCAUCCAAGAAGAAGAAGAAGAAGGACAAGAGCUCGCCACAAGAUGACAUCUGGGACAUCGAUUUACUUAGCGGGGGACCAGGGGGCACAGGCCCUAUGUACAGUAAGACCAUGACAGCAAUCUAUGACCCAGAGAAUGGGAUGCCGGUGACUGCCACCAGCCUUUGGUUUGGAGAAAAUCCACUGGCUGACUCGCAGCCAAACUUGCCGCCUGAUGAGCUGGCUAAGAUGUACCAGCCACUCUCGCUAGUGGAUAAGGCAAUCAACAACGCAGGGUGGUUGGACUCAUCUCGUUCUCUUAUGGAACAAGACGUUCAAGAAGAAGACAAGCUAUUGCUUCGUUUCAAAUACAACGUCUUCUUUGACCUCAAUCCUAAAUAUGAUGCUGUGAGGAUAACCCAGCUGUAUGAACAGGCUCGCUGGGCCAUCCUGCUAGAGGAGAUAGAUUGCACUGAGGAGGAAAUGCUGAUGUUCGCUUCACUACAGUAUCACAUUUGUAAACUGACCAUGUCAAGUGAGCCACGGGACCACUCCAAUGAACCAGAAGUAGAUGAAGUUGAGGCUGCCUUGUCCAACUUGGAGGUGACACUUGAAGGUGGACACAGAGACAGAAUUCUGGAAGACAUUACAGACGUUCCAGAGCUGGCAGAUUACCUCCGACUGUUUCGGCCUAAAAGACUGACACUGCGGUCAUACAAAGAGUACUGGUUUGUAUUUAAGGACACCACCAUCUCCUACUACAAGAACAAGGAGGCUGCCAGUGGAGAACCAAUAGAGCAGUUGCACCUCCGAGGCUGUGAGGUAGUUCCUGAUGUCAGUGUAACCGAAAAGAAGUUUGGCAUCAAGCUCCUGCUCCCAGUUGCAGAUGGGAUGAAUGAAGUGUACAUCCGGUGUGACAAUGAAACCCAGUACGCCAAGUGGAAAGCUGCAUGCAACCUCGCCUCCAAAGGCAAGACGAUGGCCUAUAGCUCAUACAAGUCAGAAGUGAAAAACAUCCAGUCCUUUCUGAAAAUGAAGAGCUUGGCACCCCCUCUUGGUCAGGCAGCUCCUGACCUUGAUGCAAUGGAGAUGAAUGCUGAAUGUUUUGUUUCCCCACGCUAUGCCAAGAAGACCAAGACCAAACAGCUGACGGUACGAAUCCUGGAGGCCCAUCACAACAUAUCACGGCUGUCCCUAAUGGAGGCCAAGAUGCGCUUUAUCCAGGCCUGGCAGUCACUUCCAGAGUUUGGUAUCAAAUACUACAUUGUGAGAUUCAAAGGCAGUAAGAAAGAUGAGCUUCUGGGGAUCUCCUACAACCGUCUGAUUCGAAUCGACAUGUCCUCUGGUCUGCCUGUCACCACGUGGAGGUUCGCCAACAUGAAGCAGUGGAACGUCAACUGGGAGAUUAAACAGGUGACCAUAGAGUUUGACCAAAAUGUGACAAUAGCCUUCUGCUGUUUGAGCUGUGACUGCAAGGUGGUACACGAGUUCAUUGGCGGUUACAUCUUCCUGUCCACACGAGCUAAAGACCAGAACGAGAAACUGGAUGAAGAACUGUUCCAUAAACUUACUGGUGGCCAAGAAUGAGAUAAAAGUACAGUAGAGCCGUGCUUCUCCAAGUACACCUGUUUUUGAUUUACAUGUUACAAUGUGAAAGUUCUAUGUUGCCGUGAUAUCCCUGAACACUGAACAAGUCACUGCAAAAGAAAAUGUAAUCAGAGAAACUACACCAUAAUUUGUUGUCCUUCUACUGUAUAUCCUGCUGUGAACAGUUAUAGCAAUGUACCCUGCACUAAAAAAUGCUGUUGAUGUAAAUAUGUAGUGAACAUUUGUCUUUCUCUCAAAAUUUAGAUGGACUUAUCUUUGUAAGAUUUAAGCAUUUUUUAAGGUGAAGUGAUGUUUUUGUUUCAGACAGACCUGAUGUUUGUAA